AUGCAUGACAAUUGACACCACAAGGUCCUUCCCUCUUUUAGCAUCAAACUUCAAUAAUGCCAAAAGCUACUUAUUUUAAGCAUGCUAGCUGGGAUAUGCAUGUAAAAAAGCAGGUGGUAACAAUGGCCUUCAGCAAAAAAACACUAAUCUUCACACUUCUCUGCUUCAUCCUUAUACAAGAGUUGGAGAUCUAUAAUGGAAACCAACACAUGGUUGCUGCUGAACAGAUAGAUUGCAAUGGUAAGUGCAGUUACAGAUGCAGCAAGGCAUCAAGGCAAAAGAUAUGUAUGAGGGCAUGCAAUGAUUGUUGUCAAAUAUGUAACUGUGUCCCACCUGGCACUUCUGGAAACCGAGAUAUGUGCCCUUGUUAUGCCUCCAUCACCACUCAUGGUGGAAAACUCAAGUGCCCAUGAUUUCAACAAUUAAUUAAUAUUGUCGUAAUAAGCUUAUAAAAUUACCCAUUUAAGGUCUCAUACAUAGACGGGGCUUGUAAUUAGCUUGCUACUCAAUUAUUCAAAUUGCUAUUAUAUAUGAUUUGUUUUUUUUUUAAAUAUACUACUAUUGCUUUAUA